AUGUCAUUUCUUGGGAGCUCGUCAUCAACGGUGAGUACGUCAAGUGCGGCAACAGGACAAGAAUUACUCAAUGACAUAACAAUAAAUAAUCCACCCGAAGAUUCAAUUGAAGAUUUAUCAUUUUCACCACAACAAGAUCUAUUAGCAGUUGCAAGUUGGGAUAAAAAAGUAAGAAUAUAUGAAAUAGACCCUAACACAGGAAACAAUCAAGGAAAAGCACUUUAUGAACAUAAUGCACCAGUUUUUUCAGCACGCUGGUCAACAGAUGGAACAAAAGUUAUAUCUGGUGGUGCUGAUAAUCAAGUAAAAAUAUUUGAUCUUGCAUCACAACAACAACAACAAAUAGGUCAACAUGAUGCACCUGUAAGAGCAGUAAGAUAUGUUGAGUGUGGUCCAACAAACACCCCAGUAGUUGCAAGUGGAUCAUGGGAUAAAACAUUAAAAUAUUGGGAUAUGAGAACUCCUAAUCCAAUAAGUACCAUAAAUUUACCAGAAAGAUGUUAUUGUAUGGAUUCAUCACAAAAAUUAUUAGUUGUUGGAUGUGCAGAUAGACAUAUAAGUAUAAUUGAUCUAAAUAAUCCUCAACAAGUUUUUAAAACAAGUCAAUCACCAUUAAAAUGGCAAACAAGAACAAUAGCAUGUUAUCCACAAGCAAAUGGAUUUGCAAUUGGAUCAAUAGAAGGAAGAUGUGCUAUACAAUAUAUAACGGAAACAGAACAAAAAAAAUUUGGAUUUUCUUUUAAAUGUCAUAGAAAAUCAGGACCAACUACAAAUUCAAGAACAACUUCAAAUUCAGGUGAAUCACAAGCAUACCCAGUAAAUGCUAUUUCAUUUCAUCCAAUAUUUGGAACUUUUAGUACUGCAGGUUCAGAUGGUACUUUUUGUUUUUGGGAUAAAGAUGCAAAACAAAGAUUAAAAUCAUUUCCAGAAUUACCAGGUACUAUAUCUGCUACUGCUUUUAAUAAAAAUGGAUCUAUUUUUGCUUAUGCUGUAAGUUAUGAUUGGUCUUUAGGUUAUAUGGGAAAUAGACCAGAUUAUCCAAAUUUUAUAAAACUACAUGCUAUAAAAGAAGCAGAAAUUAAACAAAAAAAUAAAAGGUAA